AUGACACUUUCCCUGAACCCCUCCGUGUGCUUCGGUCCACAGCUGGUGAAGCUAUGCGGCGGGAUGAUCGAAGCCGGGAAGGCCUACGUCGGCGCCAACAAGCUCUUCGUCAACGGCAUCCGGGACCUGUCUCAGCAGUGCAAGAAAGACCAGAUGAUCUCGGAGUGCCUGGAAAAGUGUGGCGAGAGCCUACAAGAGAUCAUUAACUACCACAUGCUGGCCGCACAUUAG